GACGUACGAAAUAUAAUGUGUAUAUGUUUGUGGUUAAAAUAUUUUUCUCGUUUCAAUUUCCCCCACUACGUGGCGCAUCACAAUCAUUCUUGCAAGAUUGUUCUAUUUGUUACACAAAGCGUUUUAUUAAUGUGAUGUGGUCUUCUACAUGCUUAUGAACUACAUGACGAUUCCAUCGACAGUGUGAAUGAUAUAUUAGCGUAUUCAUAAUGUACGUUUCCAGUUUCCGAUCAAAGCGUCUUCAAAGUAAACUAACCAUUGUAACCAAUAUCAGUUUGGUAUUGCUCUGCUUCACUGUACAAGCAUCUUCUGAAAAUGAUGAUUGGAAAAUUCAGCCUUUUGUCUUCCCACCAUCUCCUAUAGUAGGUACUAGAGUGAGUACAGUGUGUUCAACUAAUACAGGAAAGGGAUUAGAUUUCAAAUGGUUUAGAAAUGGAAAGUCGAUUGAAGGACUCUCUAAUAUUAAGACACAUUCUUUACUUGAGUCUUCCAUGAUUGUCAUUGAACCAUUGACUGAAGAUGACGGUGGAAAUUACACUUGUGUU